AUGCAUGUUCAAUCACUUGCUGUUAUUCUAUCACUUGGUUUAAUUAAUUAUGCGGCUUGUAUUGAUUACGAUGGAUGGCUGAAUAUUAAAAUAGAACAUUCCCUAAACUGCGGCACUGAAAAAUAUUGCCCUAGGGGAAACAUAGCACUAAAAAGUAUUCGAGCUGGUGCUGCAGUAGUAGAUCAAAUACAUUUCAAUAAAGGACAUAUUCAAGCAUUAAAGAACUUAGCAGAAAUUGAUAGUUUUUACACCAUCAGGACUGUAGUGACAUCUGCUGAAAAUAGUAAAGGAACAGAAUUCUUUUCAUCAGUCAAAGCCAAAGCUUUCUUGGGCAAUGGUCUGUCAGAUGUGAUAAAUGCUUGGGUACUGCCCAAUGGGGCUGUGAUUGCUGUCAGUUUCCAAGUAACCAAUGCUUCACAACCAUUGUCUUUGGAAAGCGGAACUCAAAAGAUUAACUCUAAUUUCUAUCUUCGCUAUGUUGAACAGGCCCCAGUACCUGACACAGCAACAUACAUUCAGAAGCUGGAACGUGAAAGAGAGGCAAGGGAAAAAGGAGACCUAAAGGACAACAAGUCCUUCUUAGCCAAAUAUUGGAUGUAUAUCGUACCUAUUGCAAUAUUUGUAAUGAUAUCUGGAGCAAGCAACCCUGAACCAGCUGCCCAAGGAGCUCGAUAA